UCUUUGUUAUCUGCCUGCUAUAAUCUUACUCGAGCACACUACAAAUUUGUGCAUACUUAUAGGUUAGCGCUCUACGUCUACGAGUACUUGGUCUAUUCUGGAGCCCAAAAAGCCGCGCAGACAUUCCUUCAGGAAGUGAGUAGUUCCAUUAACCGCUAUCGCUUUGACCAUUCGCCCCUCAUGGCACUCCUUGCUGUUGAGCUUAAAACAAUCCAUUGUAAGGCUCGUUCACUCAUAUUUAAACUGUUCACAAACGCACUUUAUUUCUCAACAUCACGUUACUUUUUUUCCUUUAAGAUUGGAUGGGAGAAGCAUAUUGUUCCCAACGAGGCUCCUGGUUUCCUUUUUUCAUGGUGGAGUGUGUUCUGGGAUCUCUAUUGCGCCGCACCGGAGAGACGCGAUGUUCUUAAGCACUCCCCUGAUGCUCGCGCUUUCUACGACUACGGUUUGGCCAAUCCAGGCUUUGUUCCCAACUGUCCACAGCCAUCAACAAUGCCGAGUCCGGGCAUACACUAUGUUCAGGGUCGGAACGCUCCACCUUCCAUGCUUCAACACCAGCAAUACGUCUCCCAACCUCGUCCAAUGUACCCGCCUGGAAUCUCGCGCCCUAAUGAUAAGAUACCUGGUAUAGUGCCUAUGGGUGAACAACAUCUGGAGGCCUUUUUGUCUUCCCCAUCUGCCGUCACCGCUGCUGCAUUCCGCCCCAACUCAAACAUUCCAUCUCUCCCCAUUGCAUCGGCUCCUACCGUGACACUGAGACAUCAGCCACGCCCAAUGGGACCACGAGGAGCCUUGGUGGCAAAUGGCAACGCAGUUGGAUCCCUCAAUUCCUCAUCCUCCACCACUUCCUCCUCCUUCUCAGGCUCUUCUCCUAAUGGCGACUUCCAAUCAAGCCUGCAUCAACAAUUCGGUCGUCCUCACCCCUUUCAACAGCAGCGCUCCCUUCCUCUCAAGAUGUCACCUUGUACGCCUAAUGGCCUGCUUCCUUCACAGCAGCAGCAACAACCGCAAUGGGGUCCAGGUCUUAGCCACUCAGUUGAUUUCUUGGGUAACCCCCAGUCCAGUUCUAAGAUGUCUCCAGAUAUCGGCACAACUACAUCUUCUAUGCUCUUUGACCCGACCUUGAUGGAGCAACUUCAGUCGGCACCGCACCCACAGCCUACACCACUGCCAUCGUCAAGCGGUAGUGGAGCUGGUGCUGGCGAUGGCUUUGCUUUCUUUGGUCAGACUGAUGGUCUGCCAGUAGAUGAGACCGUAGUGUCGGGUGGGCAGCCGCAACAGCAGUCACAACCAUCCACCUCUUCUCAAAUCAGUCAACUGCUCUCGCCCUCACCCGUACAACAAGCACCCCGUUCGGACGCCCCGCGCUCCAAGGCGGCAAGCAUUGAGGAGGCGCUUCUCCUUAGUGCUCCUGAGCUGGAGCUAUUGGCCGGUUCCGAUGAUGCUACUGGGAUUGUGGAGGGUCCAGACCAAUCAAUAAACGGCCCCCCUCCUGGUCGAGUCUUUGAUAGCGACCCGAUGAAAGUUGCAGAGACGCCAAACAUGCUUUUUCCAAACAGUGACGACCUUCGGACGAUACCAAACCUGGCAGACGUGAUGCAGGACUCUACUUCCGGUGACCUACUAUCUUCAGGAUCAUCUGUGCAGAAGCCAUUCUGUCCCUUAAAGGACAUAGAAGCCUCCGCGGCUCUCUUUUUGCAGGAGUAG